UCUCGCAGGAGAUCCCUCUGGUGAAAACCAGUGUAGACGGGAGUUAGCCACGGCUGCAAGAUCACCAGAUUCAAUUAGGAGCGAGAUUCCCUGCUCACACCUGCAGCAGCACUUCGUAUUCCCAGCUAGAACCUCGAUUUAGCGAACAUGUCUGUAGCGGGGCUGAAAAAGCAAUUCCACAAAGCCACUCAGAGAGUGAGCGAGAAGGUCGGAGGAGCAGAAGGAACAAAGCUUGAUGAUGACUUCACUGAAAUGGAAAAGAGGGUGGACACCACAGCUCGAGCGGUGAUGGACAUCAUCACAAAGACCACUGAGUAUCUGCAGCCUAACCCAGCCACAAGAGCAAAGAUGAGCAUGAUGAACUCCAUGUCACGCAUCCGAGGCCAAGAGAAGGGGCCGGGCUAUACCCAGACUGAGGUCAUCCUGGGGGAGGCCAUGCAGAAGUUUGGCAGGGAGCUCGGAGAGGACUCAAACUUUGGUCUUGCGCUGAUUGAUGUUGGAGAAGCCAUGCGUGAGCUUGGAGAGGUUAAGGAUGCUCUGGACAUGGAGGUGAAGCAGAACUUUGUGGAUCCUCUGCAGAACCUUCACGACAAAGAUCUCAGGGAGAUCCAGCACCACCUGAAGAAACUGGAAGGUCGACGUCUAGACUUUGAUUAUAAAAAGAAACGUCAGGGCAAAUUGACGGAUGACGAACUCAAACAAGCGCUUGAGAAAUUCGAUGAUUCCAAGGAGGUCGCUGAGCAGAGCAUGUUCCACCUGUUGGAGAGUGAUAUUGAACAGGUGAGCCAGCUGGCUGCAUUGGUUCACGCUCAGGUGGAGUAUCACACCCGAGCUGCCGAGAUCCUCACACAGCUGACCAGUAAGAUCGAUGAACGGAUAAAGGAUACUUCCACCAAACCAAGGAAAGAGUUUGUCCCAAAACCGCGCACAUCUAUGGACUUCUCCAUCAAUUUGAGCCAAAAUGGAGGUGUCCACAGUGCUCGCUCUCCAGGUUCGAGGUCUCCAGCAAGAUCUCCAGCCAGGUCUCCAGCCCCCAUGGACCAGCCCUGCUGUCGUGCGCUGUACGAUUUUGACCCUGAGAACGAAGGUGAGCUAGGCUUCAAGGAAGGCGAUAUCAUCACCCUUACCAAUAAGAUCGAUGACAACUGGUACGAGGGGAUGCUGCAGGGCAACUCGGGCUUCUUUCCCAUCAACUACGUGGAUAUCCUGGUGCCGCUGCCCCACUAGGAUGUCUCGACUACCAGCAGUGUCCGAAGCUGCGACACGAUAAAUCCUGGCCUCCAGUUCCUCCUCCAACUAUUCCCAGUAACCUUUUCCUAAACAUUCCUACUUAUCCACCUGCACUCCGCUUUAAAGGAGUCAAAACGGCAACGAAACAAUAACCAAUGAAGAUGUGAGCGAGAGUGAUGAUAACUUAAAAGGAAGCACUCUUAAAGAAAGCGAGGGGAGGGGAAAAAAAGAAAACAGCAUUUAUAGUCUUGUUUCCCCCUUAUCCCACGAGUCACCUUCAGGCUUCCGUAGUCAUUUUAUCCGUUUCCGUCCCGGCUUUUGUCUCGCUUUAGGUUGGCUGUCAGUCCGUCACAAGCUUCUCAGCGCAGGCUUGCAAAAUCACACUCUGUAUCUCUGUGUUUCGUGAAAACCUUUGCAGUAGAUAGAAACUCUUUUUUUCCUCAAACUACCACUACAAAAUAAUCGGUCCACAUGCUUCAUGUUUAAGACUGUAGUUCCAGCAUGUUUUCAACUGGUUUCAUGUUUUUUAAAAAAAUGUUUAACUGAAUAUUUUUGUUUUCAAUUUUCCUUUUUUCGACAGUCGUUGCCUCUUUUGACAGUUCUGGGUGAAACUAUGUUCCUGUCAUGUCCUAAAAAGAAUCAGUUUAAAUGAGUUUAGACAAAACUAAAGAGAUUCAUCAAGUAACACAGUAUUUUAAUGGGUUUUUUUGUGUGCAUGUGUUGUAACAUAUUGGUCAUAUGUUAUACCAAAGUUACUUGUAAAACCUGAAUGAAAAUGAAACUCCAGCAGGAAGGUAUCAGAAAGUCUGUUUGAUGGGAACAGGUUUAAGCUUGCAACCUGGAGUUCUUUGGUAUUCUAUUAGGAGGUGACGCUUUAUUAAGUAUGUGACACAUACCCGAGCCAGUGAUUAGUGAAGUGAUGACAUGAUUUUCUAAAAACAGUGAAGUUUAAAUUGUUUUGAAGUGAUGUAAAGAAAAACUCCGGUGCGUAAGUCUCAGUCCACCGACACGUAUUUUAUCAGCAGUGUGAAACAUGGUUGAUGUGUUGUGAUAUAAUGAUGUAUAAAUCUUAACACUUGAGGAAACCAUAUAAUUGUGCAGCUGAAGAAGGCGUAGCUCUUCUUCCUGCAUCCCUUACUAGUCCAAGUAGUGUUCUGUAGUUUAGCUUCUGUAAGCCACCAAUCAUACUAGGCAGGAGUGUUUUAAGGAAAGAGUCCAAUGAUAGCUUGUUCCUCUUUUUUUUUUGUCUUGGUGGAAAUUUUAUAUAUCGGUUAAAAUUAUGCAAACACAAAUAGCUUUUUCUUCACGGUUAUACAACCGUAUAAACCAUACCCCUCUCCCCCCUUUUCCACGUCAUGCCCGAGCUUAGAAAAACUAGAUGUUGUUGUAGAUGUCCAAUUUUUUCCAACCUGCGAUAUGCUCGUAUGCAGUAUUAUGUGAGAUCGUUUCCCCAUCUUUUGGUGAUCUACCGAUUAACCAAGAACUCAUAUCGACCCAGCUGUAGUGCACGUUUUAUCACUGAGGUUUUCUUUUCUGCAGAACAGCCUGUGCAGCAGCACUGACUGUUUUUAUUCAAUUAUUUAUUUAUUUUCACCCAUCUUGUAGAAAUGUUGCGUGUGUAUUUUGGGGGCGGGCGGUUUAUUUGGGUUUGCAUACUCUUCAAGUAAUGCACAGGGAUGGGGCUGCAGAGGACCUCUGAUGCUGAGGUUUUAACAUCUACUGUCUCUGACAGUGUUCAACGUUAAAACAAACAUGGACCAAUUCACUAUGUUCAGCAAAUCUAUAUGGAAAAGAAAACCUAUAAGAAUGUUUAACGUAUUCGUCUUAUAAGACAUACUAUGCUUAUGACAGUGGACCUUUCACACGUUUCUCAUACAAAAUGUUUGCUUGAUUUAUAUUUAUUUAUUUCAGUUAAUCUAUGCUUGUAUGAGAAACAUGCACUGGGGGCGGGGGGGGACUAAGAGUAAGAAACAGCGUAAGACAUCUUUAUGAGACACAGGAUAAAUGUAAAACAUAAACAUUUACUAUUUUUUUCUUUGUGUGGAAAAUUACAAUAAAUGAUGCAAAAUCAGCCGAUAACCCAUAUUUAGUGUAUUCUUUUCUUCCAAAGGGAAGCACAAUGUUAACAGAUGGUAUAUUUUGUUGGCUGGAGUCUAGCGAUACAGUUUUAAAGAGGUAUUUAUUCUUUUUUUUUUUUAA